AUGAAGAAGAAAAGUUUCAGAAAUAAAAUUAAUUCGAUCUUUGGAAGUCAUAUUGAUCCAGACAAAGAUGAGGAACUUAAAGGCAGUAAUAUAGAAAUGGAAGAUAAUUAUAAGAAGAUUCUAGAGCUUCUAAAAGAGGAAGACAGUCAUGAUAGAGACAAACUUGUUGAGUUGAUUGAAGAUUUCCACAAACAUCAUCAAUCCAUUUACAACCGUUAUGAUCACAUCACAGGAGAGCUGAAGGCAAAAGUUCAUUCAAAGAAAGAUAAUGACUCUUCUUCCUCAUCCAGUUCAGAUUCAGAUUCAGAUGAUCCUAUAAACAAGAAAGGCAGUAAAAAUGGGAAGUUGAAAGUAGCAUACAUCCUCAAGGAACAACUUCAAGCAGCAAAUACCGAAAUUGAAGAGUUGACAAAAAAGUUGACUCUUGCAACAGAAGAAAAAGAAGCAUUGAGUUCAGAAUGCCAGGCUGCUUUGAACAAAGAACAAGAAACAGAGAAGAUGUUGGGAGAGUUGAAACUUGAAGUUGAUAGAUUGCAUGAAGAAAAUUCUAAACUUUCAGCUGAAUUUAGUCAGAAACUAGAAGCAACAAAAGAGGAGCUAUCAAAUGUAACUAAAACACUAGAAGCUACAGAAGAAGAAAAGAAGUCUCUAUCAAUAAAGGGAUCAGAGUUAGCAGAUGAAAUCCAAGAACUUGCCACUAAAUGUAGCCAAUUACAAGAAAAGUUAGCUGACAAAGAGAAUGAGCUUCUUAAUCAUUUAGAGAUGCAUACAUCUCACAAGAGUGAGACAGAAAUCAGAAUGAGGGGGUUUUGA